AUGUGUUGUGACAGCACGGGCUGUGGAGGCCGGCACUGAGGGAGGACGAAGGGAUGGACYCAAAAUCUUGAAAUGGUGUCCAGAAGAUGUCAACAACCUCAGCUGUCACCGGGAUGACCUGCACCCUCCAGCAUGCCUGGAUGGUUCAAAAAGGCAUGGUACGGGCUGGCCUCUUUCCUGAGCUUCUCCUCCUUCCUGCUGAUCAUCGUCGCCCUGGCGGUGCCCCACUGGCUGAGUGGGAAAAUCCUGUGUCAGACUGGAGUGGAUCUGGUCAACGCCACGGAUCCAGAGCUCGUCAAAUUYAUUGGGGACAUUUACUACGGGCUCUUCCGAGGGUGUAAGGUGCGGCAGUGCGGUCUCGGGGGCCGCCGGUCCCAAUUCACCAUCUUUCCGAACCUGGUGAAGGAGCUCAACACGGGCCUCCACGUGACGAUUCUGCUGCUCCUCUUCCUGGCCUUGGCCCUGGCUCUGGUCAGCAUGGGCUUUGCUGUCCUCAACAUGGUCCAGGUCCCCUACCGGGCGGUCAACGGCCCUGGAGGCAUCUGCCUGUGGAAUGUCCUGGCAGGUGGAGUGGUGGCCUUGGCCAUCGCCAGCUUCAUGGCUGCGGUGAGAUCGCACCACCUGACCGAGCGCAUCGCCAACUUCCAGGAGAACCUCUUCCAGUUCGUUGUGGUGGAGGAGCGGUACGAAGAGUCCUUCUGGAUCUGCGUGGCCAGUGCGUCAGCCCAUGCGGCCAACUUGGUCGUGGUGGCCGUCAGUCAGAUUCCCCUCCCCGAGAUCAAAACCAAAAUCAAAGAGGCCACAGUCACUGCUGAGGACAUCUUGUACUGACGGCCCCCUCCUGCUCACGCCCUUCCUAAAUCGGUCCCCCAGUGGGAGGGGGACCUCAGGUUGUGCAGUCUUCCCGUACUGUAGUGUCCCUGUUCUUGGUGGUAGGAAGGGUGUGGACGGAGUAACCUGGGGUGGAGGGCUCUGGUUCUGGGAAGUAAGGCUUCCUGGCAAUCCCCCAAACACUGAGUCUCUCUCAGGCCUCUGGAGUUUGCCUUGGAGACUUGGCCACUUGCCGUCUGUGUGUCACAUUGGACAAUUCACUUAGUGUCUAUUUUUCAAUUUCCUCAUCUGUAAAACUUCAUAAGUUUGUUAUGAGUUUUAUAAGAGUGAUGGUGUCGGGGGCAGAGCACUCUAGAAAUCCAGGGUACCRUAUACUCCAGUAAGUGUCCAUAGACCCUUGGUCCAUCCCACACAGUAUUUAGGGGGUGUCUGAAGAGGAAUAUAAUAAUAACGUCCUGGUCUUUGAGAAACACCUAAUCUUCCUACAUGACAGUAAUUAGCAAUAAUAACACUAAGAAUGAAAAUYACCAUUUUUUGAGUGGGUACUAUGUUCUGGACCCUGUUCUCAGAAUUUUUGCACACAUUAACUUGUUAGAUCCUCUGCAAACUCAGGUGGUAGGUGCUAUUGUAGCCCAUUUGACAGAUAAAAGAACUAAGAUGUGGAGAAGCUGGGUGACUUGCUGAGGUCAGGAAUUAAGUCCAGGAGGCCUGGAACCAGGAUCUGUACUUUUGACCACUCUACUAACCUGUGGUGGAUAGAGGAGCAAUCGCAAUGCACUAUGGUAAGUGCUGAAAUCAGACAGGUGUAGAGGACCCAGGAAGGAAUUAGAGCUUCAGCAAGGCAUGUGGCAUGAAGAAAGUGUCACAGAGCCAAUAUCUGAUCUGCACUGUAAAAGAUGAGUGGGCUGCUUCCAGGGGUAAAGAAGCAAGGUUGGCGAGGGGCAUUGCAGCGUGCAUCAGUACAGAGGAUCCCAGGCACAGGCAUGAAAUUCCAAGAAGGGCACACAGGCACGUGAAUGCUCAGUGGGAUGAGAACGCUGCUCUAAUUGGAGAAACCCGGUGGCUUUGCGUUGGGCUUUCCUAAGAAAUGCCGUGAUGGUUGAUUUCAUGUGUCCACUUGGCCAGGACAUGGUCCCUGGAUAUUUGGUCAGACACUAUCAUCGAUAUUUUUCUGAAGAUAUCUUCUGAUGAGAUUCACAUUUAAAUCUUACCUUCCAUAAUGUGGGUGAGCCUCAUCCAAUCAGUAGAAGGCCUUAAUGGAAGAAAGCCUGAUCUCCCGGUGGGUCGGGAGGACUCUGCUAGCACACUACCUUGGCACUUGAACCCUAACUCUUCCCCAAUCCCCAGCCUAUCUGCACACCCUGCAGAUUCUGGACUUGCCAGCUUCCACAACCAUUGAACCAACUCCUAACCACCACCCCUUUUCUCUCUCUUUCCCUAUUUCUCCCUCCACCCAUCCCUCUCUCCCUGUCCAGUUCCUUGGUAUCUUCUAGGGAUUAAUUCUAAGAUCUCUGUCAAAUACCAAAAUGCACAGAUGAUCAAAUCCCCUGUAUAAAAUGGCCUAGUGUCUGCAUGUCACCCUUACAAUCCUCUUAGGUAAAAAUCAUUUCUUGAUCACUGGUAAAAAAUGCAUAAAACAAUGUAAAUGCUACGUAAAUACUUGUUAUAUUGUUAAGGGAAUCAUGACAAGAAAAAACAGACCUGUUCAUGUUAAUUAUCCUAGGCCUAACCAUAUUACUGAUCCUCAGUUGGUUGAAUCUGUGUAUGCAGAACAUGGAUAGGAAGGGCCACCUGCACACAUGCACACACACACACACACA